CAGCAUGCGUGUGUGUGUGUGAAUCAGUGUGUAUGUUGUUCAUACGACAAUGUAACUGUCACUAUGUGUGUGCGGCGAUGGGUACGUUUGUUCAUACAACUGUGCAACAGUGUGUGUGCGCCGAUGUGUAUGUUUGUCCAUAAGAAUGUGUGUGUAUUUUUUCCAGUUGCAAUGUCCCAGACAUCCCCGCCGACAUUCCUCCCUCUCUCCUGCCGGCAGACAUCGGGAUAUCUUUGAGAUCCCCCAGAGAGCGUCCAGCAAACAGAACAAAUCUGUCCCUCCCAGCUGGAACAGCCUGCCUCUCAUUCCGCCCGGACCCGACCACAAACACAACUCGGACACUGGGACGCUCAGAUCUAAAGACGGAGUCACACACUGGCAAUCUCUCGCGCCUGUCCUUCUGGUCUGAAAUCGGAGUUUGUGAAAAGCAAGUGGAAUUUAGCCGAAGUUUGCACUUUUUCUAACACGGAAAAUUUACACAGACAAACUUUGUGCCUUUUCUUGAAGUUGUCGUGGUCACAGUUUAAAAAAAAAAUCUCCCCGGAAAGGAAAAUCGAUGAGCCCAUUGCUCCCAGCCCAGACCUUUCUAGAUAAAUGACUGAAGUGAGUGGCCCACAGAGCAUGGACUAUACUCUGGCUACACUGUGGCAACACGUGAAGACAAUGGACACCGUCUCUAUAUGACGGGGUUUGAACCAUACCUUUCAGAAGCUACUCGUGAUCGGAUGCCUCGUGCAUGUGUGCAUAAUAAUGUACCUGUGAUGAGAUCCUGUUUGUGAACGUUUAUCCGAGUGACAUCCAGUUUUGAACCUGUAUCAGACUAAAGAGUUAGAUUUAUCAGACUAUUUUUAGAGAGAAUUGACCAGACCAUACGAAAAGUGAACGUUACCAGAAUAUUUAGGGUGAACUUUAUGAGAGUACCGGUAUUAAUUUUUGAAGAGUGAGUGUGUAGGCUUGGAAAUUUCUACUCCACUUCGUCCAUCUAAACGAUGUGAAGAAGAAGAAAGAAGGCACUGUGAGAGCGCAGAGACAGUUGUUCAGAGACACGGUAUUACAAUUGUUUUUUAUCCAGCAGCAGAGAAGACUCACAUCCUUUGAGACUAAAACUACAGUACCAGAUACCUUUUGGUGGUUUCUGUCUGAAGUAAAAGCCUAGAAAUAGUGAGAAGCUCAGUCAGAUUUUGGAAGACAGAUAGAUAAAAGUGCUCGAGGAGUAAAGAACAAAAAACGUGGAGAAGGUUAGGCUACAUUUUGCCGAGUAACGGUUGACGCAGCUACCCCUGUGACGUCACAGCCUGGCAUGAUGGCGUGGCAGAAACAUAGAUGCAGUUUCCUCAAGACAAGCUAUCUACAGGCUGGCAUUGUCCUCUUCUUUCUGGGGCUGUCUUCCACGAGGUCCCAACAGUGACCAGGUUGGCUGGGGAACCUUUGACCUUCGUGACCCUUCGGGCGUCCACCUGGUGCUGCAGGUCAAGUUGUACUGUGCCGACACCUACUUCGGCCCCGCCUGCACCCAGCGCUGUGUGCCUGUGACGUCACAAUAUUACUGCAACGAAACCGGAAGUCGUGUGUGUCUCGGACAGUGGACGGGCCAGUUGUGCGAUACUGGUGGGUGAACAUCAUAAAUAAUAAUAAUAAUAAAUAGCAUUUGUAUAGCGCAUAUUC